GGAGAGGGAUGUUGCUUAUGGCGGUUUGUGGAUGCACCACGCCCACCGAGGAGCUCCCAACCAGUCGGCCGCCUCCGCGAUCGCGAAGGAAGAGCAGCGCCAUCACUGCCGCCAGGCUCUCCAAUGCCGAUCCAGAAAUUGCCAGAAAGAUCGAUUGUUUUUCUAGCUUCUCAGGCUUCUCUUCGUGCAUCGUGAGAUCCAUGUUGGAAGAACUUAACCAGCUCCGUCGUGAUUCCAAGACCCGCACCUUGAACGCGCCACUCCAGAAGAAAUACGACGACCUCGAGAACAGCCUCAACAAAUGCAAAGACGACCUCCGCGACCUUCAGCGAAAGGCAGUCACGGCAUCGCCGUCUCAGCUGCGCAGCAAGUACGAAGCACUCGGCGAUGAGCUAAAGAAGUACAAGCAAGAUCUGGAAGCUCUCCACAGCGAGACACAGUCGGCGGACUCGGAGAGCUUGCAGAAGAAGUACGAGGCCUUGCAGUUCGUUCUUCUCAGGUACCGGAAAGACAUCGAGGACGAGCUCCAGAAAUGCUGGACACAGCUGAAGCUCCUUCAUCUCGAAUCUCAGCUCGCGAGCCCGACUCAUGGUAAAACAGAGAAAGGUUCUAGCAGGCCAGAGUCACGAGAUCUUCGCAAGUGAUGGUGGUGGUGGUAGAAACAGGCGUAGCUUUUUUUUUUGUCCUCGGGCCGUGAAGGACUCUUUGGUGAAAGUUUUCAUCCAGUGACAAGCUUUGACGAUGGUGGUGAAGGUGAAGGCGAAGGCGAAGGCGACGGUGAGAGCGAAGCAGGCGGUGACGAAACCUCGGCGUGUAAAGGAAGUGAGACGGAGAGCGAAGCUGACAAGCUUCGUCUCGUUCCAUUGGCUCUGGAGAGAAAUCCUCGACGGCCACGCUGCGCGCUGCUUUGGAAGCCACCACUUCCGGAUUCUCGAGAUAAGACCAAGCACUACGACGAACGCAAGCUCUUGGAGCAUUUAACUUGUCGGAAGCGCCGGCUGGGAUACCGAAGCAAGCCGCCCAAGUACUUUCCACAGUGCGAGGUGGAAAACUGUGGAGAUUCUUUCUAAGAAGCUAAGAAGAGGAGAGCAAAAAAAAAAUUGGAAUCGUGCCGCGAGAGAGCUUGGCUGGAUCCGUGGAGGAACUCUCGUCGCGGAGCGCGAGAAUUCUGGAAGUUAAGUCUUGGAUUUCAAGCUCCAUACUAAUGAAUUCGACAACGUGCAGCACAUACACUCAAAGAAUCUUGUCGCGUCACCGAAUAGAAAAAUUCAACACGAAAGAACUUCCUAGAGCAUGGGACGUGAUCUUGAUUCUAUCAGCUGGCCAUUACCUGCGCGAUGAAUUCGUCAACUCCAAACUUUAUGGAA